CGUUGGCUUUAUACGGGAGCAGCGUUUUCUUCUUUACGUUUAGUGGUACUUGAAGAUGUGGUUGAGCCUGGGAUUGGUGUCUUUUACCGAAAAAACAAGGAAUCCGACAGCAAUCGUCUUCUCCUGGCAAAUAACAUAUCAAGUGGCAGUUUAAAUUAUUUGGGCAUUAACGAAAAUGUAUCCCGUCUGGAGAAAAAAUCAUCCCACUUUGACUGUGAAGUGAAAUCUGAAGUUGACUUUGCCAAGCUGUUCCUUGAACUCGACAUGUGCAACUUUACUUCUUUUAAAGACUGUGAUUUAUUAACUUCCCUGGCCUUGCUUAGCAAGGUACCCGCGUUUAAGCCAGAUGUAAAGGCUGCUGCAGAAACCGUUAGAAUGCUGGUAAAGGAAUGGGCUCAUUGUAACCCUGUGAACUGGGAUCAAGCUAAGUCGCUGCAGAGCUUUCGUGAAAUGAAGAAACUGGUGGGAGUCCUGCGUCUAGCAUCACAAGUGGAAAGUAAACUUCUUGGGAAGCUCGAGUUUUGGGAAAACAUUUGUAGGUGCCAAUUUUUUUAUAGUAGAUUUGUAUACAGCUAUUUCGAGAAAGGUUGUCGGAAAAAAUGUGCACGCGACAAUCCCGAAAGGUAAUAUGGGAUAUGAUCAAUACGCUAUUCCGACGAAGGACUUUUUUGAAAGUCUACUGACACUGUAGCUGUUGAAUCUUCUAUUGUUGCUUUCCUUUAGCAUUCGCAAACAUACGUCCAUGGCCUCUCGUGCCAUUCUUUCAAAUUUCUUUGAAGAACAAAGAACUCAAAACCACCCACAAUACCUUUCGGAUUGUCGCGUGCACUUUUUUCGACAACCUUUCUCGAAAUAGCUGUAUAUAGAGACAGUGUGGCCGUUCAUUCAUCCCUUUUUGGCGCCCGUACGCGUAUACAUUAGACACAUUCGUUUCAGCUCAUUGACAACCUAAUCAAGUUAAUAUUUCGUUGACCCUCGCAAGGCAGCUUUGAAACAUCAUUCUCUUGCGUUUAGAAGAACAUUUGUUUGCAGAUUUUGUCAAUUAGGAUAUAAGCCCGUGAUAUGCCAGAGUAUGGUUGAAAGGCAUUCUGUAAUGCAAGUCUCAUUUCCUAGAAAUGAGUUGAUGUGGUUCUUCGCUGGUAACUAAUGUUGUUUUAAAGAAGUUAGUCUUUGACUGCCUGGCUAGCGCUUGCAGAAAGUUUGGACGCAAGAAAGAACGGGGUUCACGAGGGGUGGAGAGUAUUCUAAGCUCCCUCUCCCCGGGCGUGCUUUCGUCGCCCUCCCCGUACUCCGAUCGCAGCCAUAACUUCCACGCGCCUGCUACGCAGGCUUAGUUAGUUAACAAUCACUCGACAAAACAAGACAAGACAUUUAUUAUCAAAAUAUUGCGUACAAUUUCUUGGUACGCAGUUAGCCAAAAAUGUUAGUCGUGGUGUGCUAAAUUAAUUCUAUUACAAAACAGAUAUUACCUGAUAAGAAGCAAAAGGCAAAGAGAAGAGAAAAGAAAGAAUAUGUGUAAUAAAGUCAAAAGCAAGAAAGAUUAAUCUGUUUAAUGCAAGUUGUGAAAGAAGCGAAGGUUAUGGAUUUCGUGAUUUUAUUUCUUGCGUUAUCAUGAUUGCAUCAUUCGAUCUGAUGGAUGUAUAGGCGCCCCGGACGCACUGAACCUCUCCUCUCCGGGAUCUGCCGCUGCAUCUUUUUUGUUUCUGUAGUAUAAAAACUCGGAUUUGUAAAACAGAUUCUUUUUUUGUGCAGGCGUGGAAAAGGCUUUUUUUCAUCCACCACCAGCCAAGGCCCCUCGUACCUCCCGGUUCAUGGGUAAGCUAUUUGUUAAUUUAAUUAGCUUUUAAAGGUUUUUUUAGCUCUCAGUGCUCGUUGCUUUUGAGGCAAACGUCGAACUUCACUUAAACUGUAUGACGCACCUAUAAAUUUUAAUAAGCCAAAUCUGUCGUUCUCGCUCAUUAGCGUUACGUUUAGCCCUGCAAGGCCUUGGACGUCACCACCUUGUCCUAUUUGAUGUGCUUACGACAAGCUUAUCACAUACACGUUGUAAUGUGAUUAGAACCUACGGCAUGAUAGAUAGGUUAAAUGGAGAGUAAUAUCAUGUCGUAGUUAGAUGAUACUAAUAUCAGCUUCAGAGCUAAGCAAUGUCCACAGAUUCAAACAAGCUAACUUUUGUAGCAGUUCAAACUGGUCGUAAAUGAAAAUUUAGGUUGCGUUUUGUUAUUAAACAUUUUCUUGUUUCGUCGAUUACUUGCGUUAAAUUUUGCCUCGGCUUGAUUAUCAAGUGUUGGUACAUUCCUGAUAAACUGAUUCAAACCACCAAAAAUUACAUACUGAACGCAAUCAGAUUUUCUCAUAUACACUCUUUUCUUUUUAUGGGGAUGUUGUUUUUCGGCCCAUGCUGAAUAUUCUUAUUUUUCUAUCGAUUUUAGGCUGAGAGUAUUCUUGUAUUAUUCUUACAAAUUAUAGCUUAUGAUAUUUCCGUCGUAGAAUGUACCGUAAUGAUUUGAUUUAGCACCCCCUUCCAAUAAGCGCCCCCCCCCUCCCGAAGGUGUUUUUGUUAAUAAGCACCCCUAUUCCAUUAAGAGCCCUCAUUUUAAUAAGCGCCCCCAUUCUAAUAUAAUGUUAGAGUACGGGUACGUAUCAACCGAGGUUCAUCUUCCUUUAAUUGUUCACAAACGAACGGUAAUGCCACAUUACAACAGUGGUCUUCGUCUGAACAUUCACCGUAUAUUUGCUACUGUUACAGUUUCUGUUAUUGUCCCUUUUUAAAUAAAUAUUUAAGUUUUGUUUUGAACAUUCGGUUGCUUCUCAAAAAAAGAGAUAUGCGCCCUGUCUCGAAUAAGCGCCGUCCUUUGAGUUGCCAAAAGCAAAUAAGUGCCCCGGGCGCUAAAUCAAAUCAUUACGGUAUUUUGGGCGUAUCAGUUACAGUAAGUGCAGGUAUUUUCGUUUUGUUGGCAAGUUUUGCCAAAGGGAUAAUUUGAUACGGUUAAGUUAAAGAAAUGUGAUUGUAUUACCUUUUCAAAAUCUCAGCCUCAGGCUUAUUCUUAAUAUCUUAAAUUUAGCCUCAAUAUACAGUAUAUACUCAGUGUACAAUACAUCUCUCACCGGAUGCAUUAGUAAUGCGUAAAUAAUUAUAUCGUUAUAUUAUUUCAGUUAAGGACGGUAACCCGUCGAAUGAGGAGCUUGAAGAGCUGGGACAGAGCAUACGUGCUGAGGAUUGGAGAAAGCUUGGACGAAGGUUAAUCAUAUCGGAUGCCAAACUCGAUGAAUUUGAUAGCCAAAAAGGAGUGUCCGAGAAGGUCUGGCAAAUGCUGUUGCACUGGAAAGCAAGAGAUGGGUCCAAGGCAACAUACAAGGUCCUAAAUGACGCAUUAUGUCACAAACUGGUCCAGAAUAGGGAGUUGGCGGAAAAGUUUUGUUGCAACUGA